AUGUCAUUUGCAGGAGAUGAGUUCCUCCUCAAGAUAGGAUCAUUCAAAUAUGCAAUGGAGAUUUCAGAAUGGAACUGGGAUAUUCGUGACUGUUUUGAAAUUUCACCUUGCAAAGUAGCUCGAAAAAAAGAUAUUUUUGCAAAUUCGAUAAACGCUAUUUUAGUUGUCGAAUGUAAAAAUGUAAAGUCGAGGGGUGCGUUCUAUGUUCUCUUGACACUUAGUGGACAAUGGAUAUAUGAAGUAGAAUAUGCAACUGCAGGAUGUACAGGAGAAAUUAAUAGAGUGACGGCAUUUUAUGAAGGAAAAUGUUAUUUUGGUGGUUCCAAGUACUUUUGGUAUACAUCGACUGGUGGCAACACGGUCUUUACCAUUAGUGCAAACGGGUGUUUUGCAGCAGCAACUUACACGUUUCCAUACACAUUUGGAGGGUGUUCCGGAAACAUGAUGGUAUUGUCACGUACAGUACCUCCACUUCCGGUGACAGGGUUCAUCGGAUUCGAACACAUUGUACAACCAAACCCAUCGGCUCCCGAUUGUCUAAACUUUGAAAAUGUACGGUACAUUGAAAGAAUAGGUGCAUGUGUCAGUUUACCUUCUUUUAGAGGUGAUGGUUUCUUUUCAAAGGCAUAUAGCGCACCAAAACUCGGAUUCGGAUACCAUUUCUCUGGUUGUAACAAUGCUAUGCUGGCUACGACAUUUGAGCCACCCUCUUCUUGUACAAGCGUCGCUGCGUAUGGUGCCUAUGCCUGGGGACAAUUGUUUCCAGUGAUGGAAGUAACAUCUAUCACUACUUCCAAUACCCAGAACCAAGUCUCACUCACCACAUUCACGUCCAAUAUUGGUGGUUCCUUCUUUUACUACUCUGCCGUGCUCGAUUGUCCAGGCGGUAAAUUCACAAUGUCUGCCUCUAUCAACCCCGCCACGCCAACAGCCUCCCUCACCAUCCCCGAUGCUGCUAGAGGUCAGAGUUGUGUCGUCAAGGUAUCAGCCAAUGGAGACCAAGUUUUAUCUGGUGCUCCCAUCUCUGGUCAAUCUUCUCCUUUUUUCCUUCCUCUUCUUGCGGCAAUGUCAUCAUUGACACCAGGAACUGUAACUACUAGAACUAUUUCAUUUAGUUAUACAACUAGUACUGGAGGUGUUUUUACAGUGACUGUUGGAGGUAACACUAUACCAGGCUGUUCAGCUACUACUUCUUGUACUGCAACUGGGUUGACUCCAAAUACACUUUAUACUGUCAGUGUCACUGUCACCAAUGCUGGUGCAACCUCUUCACCAUUGACUUAUUCUGCAACCACUAUCGCUGAUAUUACAACGCCAUCCAUUACAGUCACCGACCGUACUAGUACAUCCAUUUCAGUAUCGUAUCCAGUAACAGGUGGUUAUGGAGCAACAACCUACCAACUCAGACUCAAUACAGUCGUCCAACCUUCAUGUACAACUUCAUCAUGCACACUCUCCGGUCUUGUCUAUGGUACUAUUUACACAGUCUCUGUCACUGCAACCAAUGAUGGUUAUUCUGCAACUUCAUUAAAUUCUGUUACAAACUUUUGGACUUUACCAACGAUGGGAGCAGUUAAUAUCGUAAAUUAUGGAACUACAUGGGUAUCAUUUAGUUAUUCAUCAAAUAAUGGAAGAGUUCUAGGUGCCAAUACUUUUGCAAUUCGGGUCAAUGGAGUGUUAAGCUCCGAUGCUGCUUGUUCAUCAUCUACUAGUUGUUAUGUAGGUGGAUUGACAGCAGGUUCAACACCAUCGAUUAGUAUCCUCUCUACCAAUAACGGAGAAACAUCAGCUACACCAGGUACAGCAAGUCAAAAACUUUACAACAGUGUCAACACUCUUACAGUGACACCAUCAUUACAAACCAGUUCAUCAUUUAGAGUAUCCUAUUCAAGUUUAGAAGGUAUCCCAGGACAAACAACCUACCAAAUUUUAAUUGAUGGAGCAUCCAAUCCAAACUGCCCAACUACAACUACUCAAGGUGGUUGUACAUUGACAUCCAUGGCCUCUAAAACCUAUAAUGCUACUGUCACUGCAACAAAUGAUGGUCUAGUACUCGUAAAAACUAUUAUGGUUCUUGUUACUACUUUCCCAACAAUGAAUCCAAUAGUAUUGGGGUCAAUAGGUACAACAUGGGUUGAAUUUACUUAUUCAUCUAAUGGUGGUACAGCAGGAGGUAACUCUUAUACAAUUAAUGUUGCUGGAUCGAAUAUCGCAACUGCAUCAUGUAAACAAGGACCAUAUUGUAAGGUCAUUGGAUUGGCACCUGGAUCUUCACCAGUCAUUUCAAUUUAUGUUACCAAUAAUGGAGAGAACUCCAAUCCCGCAUCGACAGCUGCUUCUUUGUAUCAACCAACAUCAACACCAACCAUCACGCUAUCAAGGGUGUCUACAUCGACACUUAGUAUUUCAUGGGUCGAACAUAAUGGUGUUCCAGGACAAUCAUUAUUUGAUGUUUUAGUAAAUGGAACCAACAUUUGUACCAACAUUGCCACCACCACUUGUCAAUAUAAUUCAGUCAUCGAUGGAGUAUAUUACAACAUUACAACGAUUGUUAAAAAUGAUAACUUUGUAUCAUCAAAUUCAACAACCUAUUAUUAUCCUCUUGCGGCAAUGAUAUCAUUGACACCAGGAACUGUGACCACUAGAACCAUUUCAUUUAGUUAUUCAAGUACUACCGGUGGUACCUAUACAGUGACUGUUGGUGGAAACACUAUAUCAGGCUGUUCUGCUACAACUACUUGUACUGCAACUGGGUUGACUCCAAACACACUUUAUACUGUCAGUGUCCUUGUCACCAAUGCUGGUACAGUCUCUUCACCAUUGACUUAUUCUGCAACCACUGUUAAUAUUAUUACAACGCCAUCGGUCUUAGUCACUGACCGUACUAGUACAUCCAUCUCAGUAUCGUACCCCGUAACCCGUGGUUAUGGAGCUACAACCUACCAACUCAGACUCAACACAGUUGUUCAAGCCUCUUGCACAACUUCAUCAUGCACACUCUCCGGUCUUGUCUAUGGUACUAUUUAUACAGUCUCUGUCACUGCAACCAAUGAUGGUUAUUCUGCAACAUCAUUAGAUUCAGUUACAAACUUUUGGACUUUACCAGCGAUGGGAGCAGUUAAUAUAGUAAAUUAUGGAACUACAUGGGUAUCAUUUAGUUAUUCAUCAAAUAAUGGAAGAGUUCUAGGUGCCAAUACUUUUGCAAUUCGGGUUAAUGGUGUAUUGAGUACCAACACUACUUGCUCAUCAUCUACUAGUUGUUAUGUAGGUGGAUUGACAGCAGGUUCAACACCAUCGAUUAGUAUCCUAUCUACCAAUAAUGGAGAAACAUCAAUCACACCAGGUACAGCAAGUCAAAAACUUUACAACAGUGUCAACACUCUUACAGUGACACCAUCACUACAAACAAGUUCAUCAUUUUCAAUCUCUUAUUCAAGUUUAGAAGGUAUUCCAGGACAAACAACCUAUCUAGUUUUACUUGAUGAUGUUUCCUAUCCCAGUUGCCCAACCGUCCAAGGUGAUUGUUCAUUGUCACCCCUUUCCCCUAAAACCUAUAAUGCUACUGUCACUGCAACCAAUGAUGGUUUAGUCAUUGCAGAAUCAAUCAGUGUUCUUGUUACUGAUCAUCCAUCAAUGAAUCCAAUUGAAGUUGGAGAAUAUGGUACAACUUGGGUUGAAUUUGAUUAUUCAUCUAUUGGUGGUACAGCUGGAGGUAAUUCAUAUACAAUUAAUGUUGCUGGAUCAGAUAUUACAACAACAUCAUGUAAACAAGGUCCAUAUUGUAAAAUAGUUGGAUUGACUGCUGGAUCAUCAGUAGUUAUUUCAAUCUAUGUUACCAAUAAUGGAGAAGAUUCAAGUACUGUAUCAACAACUGUUACAUUGUACAAACCAACAUCACCACCAACCAUCACUCUAUCAAGAAUAUCAGCCACAACUCUUAACGUUUCAUGGGUCGAGAAUGAUGGUGUUCCAGGUCAAUCAUUAUUUGAUGUUUUAGUAAAUGGAACCAAUAUCUGCACUGAUAUUACUAUUACCAAUUGUCAAUAUAGUCCAGUUAGUGAUGGAGUAUAUUACAAUAUUACAACUAUUGUUAAAAAUGAUAACUUUGUAUCAUUCGAUUCAGCUACCUAUUUUACUUAUCCUCCAACAACACCAAUUAUUGUAACAGCAAUUGGUAAAAAUGAAUCAAUAUAUUUAAAUUGGACAGAAUCUAGUGGAGGUGUACCAGGUGAAACAAAAUACAAUGUAUUCAUGUCGGUAGAUAACAAUCAUUGGGCAAAUGUUUGUGCUUCUAGCAAUACAAACUUUUCAUGUUUGGUCGAAGAUUUGGCAGACAAUACAUUCUAUUAUGUGAUGGUGACUGUUGAAAAUACAGACUUUGAACGAUUACAAGCAUUGGCCAAUGCUACAACUCUACCUAUUAUCCGUAACAAUCCUUGUAGAUCAAACACAACAUCAACUGUAGAUUGUUCGGGUCAUGGAACUUGUCCAAACCAAGAAUGUCUUUGUGCUGAUGGUUGGGAUGGUCAAUAUUGUGAAGUACCAACAGGAGAUGGUGGAGGAGAUGGUGGAGUGAUCAUUAUCCCCAAGCCAACAAACCCAGGUAUUGAUAUUGACAAAGAAGGUGUAAAGUAUUCAUUCACAAUCAACAAAGUAGUAGAACGUGAUUUGGAAAUGAAUGCAGUCAAGACUUUAGAUUUGACAUUACUCAAAUGGCAACCUAUCCAACAAGUCAAUGCUACUCUUGUGCAUCCAACCAACAAUGGAUCGGUGAUUAGACAUUCAUGGACAUACACAGCCAUCAACGUAUCCAACCAUGCUGCUAUGCUCAACAUCACCUUUAUCCAACUAGAAGCUAUCCCCAAUGUAACCAUUGGUGACUCUUAUCCAAUGUCAUUUGCAGGAGAUGAGUUCCUACUCAAGAUUGGAUCAUUCAAAUAUGCAAUGGAGAUCUCAGAAUGGAACUGGGAUAGUAUGUUAUCAACACUAGAGUUGUGGACUAGUUUCACCUCAGAACCAGAUGAGUGCAGUGAUAAUAAUCCAGUUGAAAUGAUCAAUGGAACAACAGCCAACUUUAUCAGUAUUGGACAGGCCAAUGGUAAAUUGUUGUAUGGUAGACUUGUCAAUCGAGUUGUUUUAGAUUCAAUCCCUCGUACAGUCGGUCACUACCUCUUACAAGAGUCAAACACCAAUACAACACUUGUUACAGCCAUUCCACACUUUGAAAACCAAGCUGAUAUUGAUCCAAACUUUUCAGUGUUGAUUGGUACUCCCAAAUCAGAUGGUUGCUCCAAAAAAUCUGACAGUAAAACGUGGCGUAUCGCUGUUGGUGUAGUUGUUGGUGGUGUAGCCCUUGUUGCUGCCACCAUCGCAGGAACAAUCUAUGGUAAAAGUCAACUCCGCGUUCACAGACAAAACAAAAAAGUUGCUCAAAAAUUAUCAUCCAUGAACAAAGAAUAA